GGUCCACAGUGUGUCUGAUGUGGGUUCACAUAAGCAUUUCUACCUCUGGACGGGAUACAUCAUCAAGACCGGCAUAAAGGCGAACACAGGAUUUUAAAUUGGCUGGAUACUAUCACCAUGCCUGUGCCAUACACUGUCGUACCCAAGAAAGAGCAACAGGAGCUGUGUUCGGGGACAGAUGGAGUAUGUUUGAACCUGGGGAAGAAGAUCAGUGUUCCUCGGGAUCUGAUGAUGGAGGAGCUCAAUCUGCUGUCCAACAGAGGAUCUAUAAUGUUCCACGAGAGACUCAAAAGAGUGGAGAGGUUCACCUUGGAGAAUAUAGCACAGAGACACCUGAAUCACUUAGAUGAAACACUUCAAGGCCAGAAUGCCAUGCAAGGAGAGAAAGGAAGUGAUUUCUUCACCUCUGAAAUCUACAUGAACCAGCCUGGAAAGAACAGCCUAGUCACCACACUAAAGCACACGGUUUCUAAGAAAGGAAACCCAAGUGUGCUUGCACCUGGUUAUGGGGGGCCUCUGAAAGAGGUUCCUCCAGAAAAGUUCAAUGUCACUGUGAUCCCCAAGUCUUAUCAAUCACCCUGGGAGGAAAAACCCAUUGACAAUGAGACGCUGUUGGCUAACAUCAGUACCCAUCUGCCUGAGCCACCUUACAAACUCACCCCAGCCAACUACAAAUGCUUCAACAGAGCUCCUACGCCGUUUGGUGGCACAGCAGGCACUGGCAGGGCUCUGCCGCUGCCUGGUUUUGAGAUGCUGCAGGCUCACACAGAGCCACACCUGACCUGGGACAGGAUGUGCCUUCGGCCUAAUUUCAAUCGUACUCCACGGGGCUGGAGCAUCCAGUACGCUGCAGAGUCUCCCGAUCUGUGAAGCUGGCAUACGCAACUAUUUUUGACUACAACUACAAUUGAGGACUGGAUUUCUGAGGGAUGCCUAAAUUGCUACUGUGAAUUGUGAGCUGAGCCAUCAAAUACCAAUUUAAAGUUUACAUACUGUACAUUGUCUAUUAACAUGUUUACACAAUCGUUCACACAAUAUUUCAAAAUGUGAAGAUCCUUUAAUGUAACCACAAACUAGACAGCUGUACAU